UGGGAGGGGUGGAGGGAGGAGGAAGAGGUGGGGCUGUGCUCUGAUUAAUUACCUUAGGCAUUCAGGGGUGGGGCUUCCUUCAGCCAUCUGCCUGAGAUAUGGGAGGGAGCUGGAGAAAGAAGGAGGGGGAGAGACUGCCAGAGAGGAAGAGAAAAGAAAGGAAGAAACACUAGAAAGAAAAAGGAAGGAAAACCGGAAUAAAGGGAGAUCAAUUACCAAACCUUUAAAUAGCUAGAUUGGGGGGGGGAGGGGGGUGGAAAAAGAGCUGUGGAGGUGUGCCUCAGCACGCCUGCUUUGAAGGCUUCAUCACCUUGUUUUAUGGAGAAAAAGAAAAUGGUAACUCAGGGUAACCAGGAGCCAACAACAACUCCUGACGCAAUGGUUCAGCCUUUUACCACCAUCCCAUUUCCGCCACCUCCGCAGAAUGGAAUCCCCACAGAAUAUGGAGUGCCACACACUCAGGACUAUGCCGGCCAGACCAGUGAGCAUAACCUGACACUCUACGGGAGCACACAAGCCCACGGCGAGCAGAGCAGCAAUUCACCCACCACGCAGAAUGGAUCUCUUACGCAGACAGAAGGGGGCGCACAGACAGACGGCCAGCCAUCACAGACACAAAGUAGUGAGAACUCAGAGAGUAAAUCUACCCCUAAACGGCUGCAUGUCUCUAAUAUUCCUUUCCGCUUCCGGGACCCCGACCUUCGGCAGAUGUUUGGGCAGUUUGGCAAAAUCCUAGAUGUAGAAAUAAUCUUUAAUGAACGUGGCUCAAAGGGAUUCGGGUUCGUAACUUUCGAGAAUAGUGCUGAUGCAGACAGGGCCAGGGAGAAAUUACACGGCACCGUGGUAGAGGGCCGUAAAAUCGAGGUGAAUAACGCUACAGCACGUGUAAUGACCAAUAAGAAGAUGGUCACGCCGUAUGCAAACGGCUGGAAACUGAGCCCAGUUGUGGGAGCUGUGUAUGGCCCUGAGUUAUAUGCAGCCUCCAGCUUUCAAGCAGAUGUGUCCCUAGGCAACGAUGCUGCAGUGCCCCUGUCAGGAAGAGGGGGCAUCAACACUUACAUUCCUUUAAUCAUUCCUGGCUUCCCUUACCCGACUGCAGCCACCACGGCAGCCGCUUUCAGAGGAGCCCACCUGAGGGGCAGAGGGCGGACGGUCUAUGGUGCAGUUCGAGCGGUACCUCCAACAGCCAUCCCCGCCUAUCCAGGGGUGGAUAUGCAGCCUACAGAUACGCACAGCCUGCUACUGCAACCGCAGCCACAGCCGCUGCAGCUGCCGCUGCCGCUUACAGCGACGGUUACGGCAGGGUGUACACAGCCGACCCCUACCAUGCCCUUGCCCCUGCCGCUAGCUAUGGAGUUGGCGCUGUGGCAAGUUUAUACCGAGGUGGCUACAGCCGAUUUGCCCCCUACUGAAGUGACGUGAGACCCUGCAGAUGGGACAGCCCCCCAGUUCAUGAGGCCUGGCUAUUGCAAUAUUUACUAGUAGAGGAACUCUAUAGCAAGAUGAAGAGGAAAACAAACAAACAAAAAAAACACAAAAAAAGAAAGAAUACUUUUUUAUACCUCACUAUGUUCUUUGAAUAUGUAUUUUCCUUUAAAUUUCUGCCUUUAAUUCUUUUGUUCCAAAGAUUGUGCAUUUUUUUCUUUUUUUUCCUUUUUUUUUUUUUAACUGUGGUAAAAAAAAAAAAUAAUGCAUUUCCAUGUCUGUAUGUCCGUGCUUAGCUUAUUCUAUCAGUCACGGAAGAGGCAGUUACUGAGGAAGGAGAGACACUUAGGAGCCAGGAAUUGAUCAGAAAUCAGCAGACAGAACUACCAAAGUGUGUCUGGUGCUGAGUGGUGGGGUUCAAGCAAGGAGUGGAAGACGUCUUUGUGCAACAGGAUAUCUUCUGGUCUUCUGAGUUUCUGGUCUUUGGCAGGCAAUUCUGAUUGGCUGUGGCUGGAAUCCACAUGCUGAUAGCUGAUAGGAAUUUGUGCUUGCAAAAGCAGGAGAAUUAAAAGGACAGUUCCUCUCCUCUUCCCUCCUGCCUUCAUCCUUUUCACAAUCAUCUUACACACAUAGUCUGAGACAGUCGGCAUGGUUUUGGAAACUGCAGUAUUAAUGUUUCCAGACGUGCUCUCAGACUGUGGGUAAUAACCCCUCACUAGGAACCCGAUCUCAGAAUGAACUCUGGAGUAUGGAAAAGAUUAUCCUUUUCUUUCCUGCAACCCCACCAUUCCUGCUGGGCAUCUUCCCCUUUAAUUCAACCACAGCUUCUCUCAUCUGUCCUUUGAUUAACACCCUGCUCCCAUGUCCUCAAGAUUCAGGAAUUUAGGACCCAGGGACAGAAGAAUAAAUAGCCAGUGUCCGGAUUUCUCCAAGGUAUUUGGCCGAGCUUAAGGGUUAGAAAUACAAAUAAAUUGUUGCGAGCCAUUGAAGAGCAUGAGGAAGUGAAGAGGGAUAUUAGAGGCUAUCUGGCAAGUCACUUGAUAUUCCUGACCUUCCUCUUGCAUCAGAAAAACAAUACGAAGUAUAAAACAUAUAAUAACGACACUAUUGGCAAAAGCUAAAAGCCGUCUAAGGUCCCUGGAAGUUUUGGCAGAUGAGGGCAGGCGAAGGCGCUGGGUACUAGCCCCAAAGCCAUAGGAACUCCGCCUUCCAGGCCUUCGCGAGCCACUUCUCUGCCUGCGGGCCACUGCCAGCAUGGGCAUCCCACCCAGCUCGUCAUUACCCUCUGAAGACACCCCGCUGACCACUCGGUGCCCCCGCGGGCCCCGCAGUGGCCCCAGCCCUAUUGGAAGGAAGGUCCGAAACGGCGAGGGCUAGCGUGUCACCAGGAAGAGGCGUCUGGCGGCCGCAGCGUGAGUCUCUGCCGCCGCCGCCUGGCUUCCUUUCAUACUCGUCACCGUGGUUGGGAGAAAGUGUUUCUCUUCUAGAUGUUUAACUGGUAAAAACAAGGGUCCUGCAGCAUUUCCAAAGCGAAGGUGUUAGAAACAGGAAAGCACGGUCUGGUCGGCUCCCUGUCUAGACACAUCGGUACUAGGGUGACCUUCCACCCUGGGGCAGCUGCUGAAGGGAGUAGUUCAGAGACAUGGAGCUUCUGGUUUGUUGUGGGUUUGCUUUGUUUUUCCCUCCUGCCUCCACUUGUGUUCUUGACUGAUGACUGAUUCCAGUCCCUGAAUGAAAAGGACUGACAUUUGACGGCAUCGAGCACUCUGCCAGCAGAAUGGUGUGCCUGGGGGGGCUCUGCCUAGGAAGCCCUGAAACACGGGAGCCAUCUGGAAAGCUAGCGGCCUCGGUGCGAUUCUUAGGCCUCUGGGGAGGAAGGCAUAGCAUAGCGCAGGGCACUCCAGACCGCCUAGUCCGGGCACCAUGUUGAAGGGUUCCCCUCCCCAAGCCAAAGUUUGCUUUGUUGCUGUUAAGACAAUUUUUGUUGUAUGUAUAGAGAUAUCUUAGUUAGAGGAGUGGAAAGUGGGGUAUGGGAACUUCCACGGUUCUAGGGAAUGGGGGCAGGGAGGAUUCCCCCCCCCCCAUUCUUUUGCUUUUGUUUUAAGGGAGAGCUUUUACUGGCUAAAGAAAAGGAAAUGAACUUUCUGUCAUGUCAAGUCGGGCCAGCCGUACAAAAUGGCAAGCCUCUGUUCAGCUGAGACAAGGCCGAAUUCUAAAUGGUCAUAUUGGCAGCAGGAGAGAACAGAGGGGUGAGCUUAAGAAUUUUCUUUCCUCCAAGCAGAGGAGGGUGGGACAGGGAGGGAGAGCAGCCCCGCAGACCUUGAGAAGAGGCAAAAGCUUGAGCUCGAGGUGCCCUGUCUGCACCUCAGUUCAGCUGGUCUGGCCAAGGACCCCUAGCAAGCUGUGCUUCUGUUGGCUCCGCAGCCCUUCCGGGGUGCUUUUAACUCCGCGCCUCAGCUCCAGACUCUCGGAGGGCCCGGGGAGCUCCUUUAACUCGCAUUCUCCGGUUUUCAGUGUCAGCACUGAGUUGGGGCCUCUCAGCAGCACCCAGGUGGGAGACGCCCAACCUCCCCCAUCAGCUUUUGAACGCUGAGACUGCAGCCCGAGAGCCCAGGCAGGCUCCUGGCAUCCUGCUUAAGUGUGCUGGAGUGAGAAGCAAGCCUGGCCUGCUGUGCUGUGAGCCGGAGAGGGCGCGGUCGGAGUUCUGAGACGCCGGGGCUGGGCCACAGCACGGAGAAUCUGCGGCAGCUUUACACAGCCAGUGGCCCCUCCGCCCUAGAAGCCGGUGCCUGUCAGGAGCCUGUACCACCCGCCUCCUGCCCAGAGAGCUGCACUUAGGUCUUUUUUUUCUCAAAAUUCCUGGUGUUGCAGAAUUCAAUUCCCAUCAGCCCUGCUCGGCGAUUCAUCUCUGUCGGGGCUCUGGGGUUUCAUUUACUAGGCCCCUGUCCAGCGCUCCAGCCACAGCCACUGCUGAAAUGGAGCCAGUUUUACUUCUCGAAAGGAGACUGGGGCUCAGCCGUUAUUUUGAGGGAAGCUAGUGCAGGUAUUUCCGAUAGAAAUCAGUGAUAGCUUUUCCUCAAAAGCAUGACUCCUUGGGCUAAGCCACUGCUAGUUUAGGGCAGGUGAGCCAGGGAGUCACCGCCACACCUGUUGGGAGUGCAGGGACAGGAUGGAAGCAACCCCAAGGAUCUGCAGGAAGGGCUCGACAGUACCCCCCCCCCCCGCCCCACCUUCCCCCAGCAGGGUGAGGCCAAACAUAGGACCAUCUGCAGGGUGCUCAGCCCUUGCCAGGAGGGAAAAGGGGAAGCUGAGCUCUCCUCUCGCCAAGUCUGGCUGCUUCUCCGCUGCUUGCAACCCUCUAGCACAGUAACAUUUGCAGGAUUGCAAAUUUUUUCCCCCAGAUAAAAGGAGGAAAGGGACUUUGGGGGUGGGGCGGGGAGGGGGUAGUGGUGUUUUAAAAGCAUAAGUUACCUGUUUGCACUGUUUUUAAGAUAGGUUAAAAAAUAGUGGGCAAGGUGAUCAUCAAACGUAAAUUUGUGUGCUUUUAUUUUGUCAUGCUCUUGAAGAUGUUUGACCAUUUGUAGUAUACACCAGUGAAACUUGAUUCUCUGUUGCAUAAAACACUUAUUCUUUUUUGGAAAUGUUACUGUCCGAAAGCUUCUUCCCUGCCUUUUCCUUUUCCUGUGUUCGUCCCUCAUCCUUGCUGUACAGAUCGAUCGAUCAGCCAGGGAUCAGCCCGGCCACAGCCUGGGGGCUGAGCGGCGUGGGCUCUUGCCCGCGGGCUGGGUCAGAAGCCAGUGCGCAGCCUCUGCUUGAGUGGACGGCCGCCUCUCGGAAGGAGCUCACAGGCCGGGCCGCGGCGGGACGGCACACUCCCGGGGCCCGAGGGUGGCUGCGCUGGAGUGCUGCAGUGGCUGUGGGAGCUGAGUUCUUAGCCAUGUUACCGGAACUGUAGCCAGUUACAGUUUACUCAGGAAAACGGUAGAUCAAUUCAGCCAUGGUAGUGCUGGUUGGCAGGGAUUGGUAACUGAGAGAACUGCUCAUCAGCCAAACGCAAACCUUGCCUUUACAAACCUUACAGGCCGCGGGCGCCGCCCUCCCUCCGCCCGCCCCGCGGCUCAGCUCCCGCUGGCCAGCAGAAAGGGGGCGUCGCUCUCUUUCCUCUCCCCUCCCUCCGCCCCUGUGGCCAACACCAGACUCCCAGGGGCUCCAUGAGUUUCUGAAUUUUUAGACAGUCGUCUUUUGGUUUGGUUUUCCCGGGGACUGAUGAGUGCUCGCAGCGACGUCUCUGCCGUCAGGACUCCCAGCUUAGUCGUUUCCUUGUGUUUUUCUGUUCACAGUAUUUUCGUGUGUGUGCGCUUGUUUUGGCAGCUCGUUUUGGCUGUAAUAUAUAUCGAGUGAUGAAUUGAUCCUCUUUUUUCCCUAAGGGAUAUGAAUUGUUUUCUUCUUGUGUUUUAAUUCUGCUUGUGAAUAGCUGGAGCAAACCCGGGGCUGACACACGUAAGCUAGGGCUGCAGAGCGAUGAGCGCUGGGGGCCUCGUCCCCACGGGCCGCCCUCCCCGAGCCUCUGAGCUUGCCAGUCCAAAUCUUUGCAAGGCUAAAAAUGCCACAGAACCUCUCCUCCCCACACCCCUGGCAGGGACGGACCAGCCCUGCGUGCAACGUGCAGUUCUCUGGCCCCUCCAUUGCCGUGACAGAACAGGUACCUUUGGGGACAGGGGGCCUCCCGUGGGAUGCUUGUGUAGUUGACCACCUCGCCUUCACCCCGCCCCCGGCCCCGGCCCAGACUCACUUCCUGGGACCCCCGAGCUGCUUGCCCAGGGUCCUGUCACCCUGCGAACUCCAGAGAAGCACCCCAGGGCUUUGUGACAGUCUCUGACCCCCUUCUCCUUAAGAAUCAUAUUGUAUAGUAGCUUUCAGACCAUACAGUAUUCAUUGGGUUACUCCUAUUAUUAUCAAGUAGCUGGAAUUGUGAAGGUCGGAGUAGUUAGAUCUUUAGCUUUUAUUCCUUAUUUUUUUGUAUUACUAUCCAUGUGUAUAAAUUAUUGAUCAUGUUGCUGGCUUUUAUAAACUCUAAGCACAGGAGGGCGCCGCCCCUGCCUCUGCAAUGGUAAUGAAGCACUGUUUUUAAAUAAAAGAGAGAAACACCA